AUGAGCGCCAGCUCGGAAGAGAUCAGCCAAAAUCUUCUUUCAUCGCAAGUCAAUACAAUUAACUGCAGCAGUAAAGUUUCAGCAAUAGGUUUUGAAGACGACAACGGAACGUCAAUGGAAAAAUACCUAAAGGGUAAAGAGUGCCAGUAUAUAGAAAUCCAGGAGCUUCUGGAGGAAUUUAAAGAUAUUUUUGCCGAAAAAGGAAAACCUUUAAAAGCAACGUCCCAAGUCAAGCAUAGGAUUGACACAGAGGAUAACCCACCAGUUUAUAAGCCAACUUAUCGCAUACCAUUAAAAUUACAGCAAGUAGUAAGAAAACAAGUCGACGAGUUACAUGGCGCCCUAUUCCUCCUACUACCUACCCAUGAUUACAAGAGAGAAGAGGAUCAAGACCUCGAGGUAGACGCAUUACCGGCGGAAGAAGAACAGGCAACAGACUCCAGCGGAACUAUCAAGAAGACAUGUCAGGAGUCAAGGGCCAUUACCAGAAUUACCUUGGGUUGA